AUGACCGCUUCGCCCGUCGACUCCCUCUCCUCCCUUGCCUACCUGACCGACGAGUCCUCGUCGAACCUGGACAAUCUCCUUUCCCAGCCUCCGGCGCACUCCGACUCACUAGGUCCGACAACCGACCGAGACGAGGCGGAGCGGCGUGAGCGCGAGAACUCCCUGGCCCGCAAUCGCCAGGCCGCCACUAAGUGCCGCCAACGGAAGCGUCAAUUCACGAAGCAGCUAGAAGACCAGUACGAGGAGAUGUCGCGAAAAAAAGUAGUCGCUGGAGAUCGAGUUCGCGCAGCUCCAGAAGGAGGUCCUCGAGCUGAAGAACGAGCUGCUGCGGCACUCGCAAUAUCUAAGCAUGGAGAGGAAGAUAUUGACAAGGUCAAUAUUAUUCUCAUUGCAUAUCUGGUCGAAUUGAGGCGUAAGAUGGCUGCCAUGGCCGUCGAGAAUAAGAAGACGAUAUCUUCCAGUUGUACGACCAGUAGUAGUAGGAAUAAAGAGAUUUUGAAGCCAGCACAGGCCUAUCUCAUCAGUGGUCCAUCCAUUAAGACUAACUUCAAUCCUACUAUCGCGUGGGAGCUUAAUAUCUUGAGAUACCAACCCUCUAUAUGGACCUUCCCUUUGAAGAUCGCACAUGGAGGAAGUGCCCAACCAGUAGAGUUGAUACAUUCAAUCGAAGUAACCUAUGCUCGAUUGCCUGGCUUCUUCCGCUCACCCCGUGCUCAGCAUUCGCCUCAGGCUGCUCAGGGCGUGCUCGGGUCUACUCAUGCAUCAAUCCAUACUGUGAUCAUCACUCCUGACCAUUUGACCCCAAGCGGGCCCUACUUGCCUCCCUCGUGGAAUUGGGAUCCCGGUUGUCAAGAUGUCGCAGACAAACAAUGGUACAAGAAGUACCUGAACGAACAGACGUAUUGCCGAUUUACAGGUCUCGAUACAGCAUAUCUGACGCAAAUAUUGAAGAAUACGAGGAAUUGUCAGACUCUUAUUCUCGAUGAUCGGUAUUGGCCAUGGGGGGCUGCUCAUAUCAAGAGAGAAACCGGUUGCUACCCCUCUUCAAACGCCCGUAGUGACUACAGCAAAACAUUCUUCAAACAAGUUGUCCACGUUCUUAUUGCUGCUAUGACUGCAAGCGGAAUCCCGGUUCUGGACCUGGCCAUAACUACGCAGCUCGAACGAAUACACGUUCAACCGAGCAUUCUUCAUUUCCCGACACCCUACCUUAACCAUGCAUCUUGGGAUACGGCGCUUGCUAGCCUACAACUCACCGUCGACCCAGGUUACGGCCAAGAGCCGAUAGCUUGGUCAAAGCCUCUUGCGGAUUUUAUCAUGCUUUUCCCGCGCCUAGAUUGUCUCGAUCUAUAUUUCGACACGCGCGUGGAACAGCCGGCGUUUCACGCCCUCUAA